AUGGACAUUUCUUUACAUCGUUCAAAAGAUAAAGCAAAGGUUAGACCAAAAUUUAUAGACUGGUGUUUUGAGGAGGAAAGCCAAGAACGUAUCUCCACCUUUAAUAACAAAUAUUCCUCCGUUCACAAUAACUGGAUUCCACUAGAGAAAGAUGUGUCCCUUGCCCCAAAGUCUAAAAAUAAAGCAGACAAAUUAAAAGAGAUAUGGAAAACCAAGAAACGGGUGCGGAAAGUCAAAACCGUGGAAGACACCCAGAGAUAUUCUCCGAUGCAAAUGCUUUUUAAGAACUCUUUUAAAUUAUCUGAUGUUUGUAGAUGGUUCUUGGAAACAACGGAAACCAAAUCUUUGGUGAUUGUCAAGAAAAUAAAUACCCGUAUUCCUGAAGAACAUCAGCUUCCUGUUCUGCCUUCGCAGAAACAUUCAAGCGCAAGUUUAUAUCCUCACAUUCUGCAAGCCAAACGCUUGAAAAAACACCUGAAGAAAUUUGCUUCUGCAUAUCCAGCGCUUAAUAAUGCCACAACUCAAAAUGCACUCAUCGAACCAGACAACAAAGUACAGCUUGUUGAGACUUCAGAAGUCUCAGUAAAAGGAGCCAGUGACUCCAGGUGCUCAGGACCAAAAGAUAAACCUACUAGUGCCCGAAACCUAAGUCUCGACAAUCUCCUGCGCCAGCAGCUCUACCACCUACGCUAUCACACAUACACCACACGCGUCCAGCGGCUCCCGCAGGCUGAUGUGUGUGAGAGCUGA